UCCACGUGCUUUUUUCCUUGACUGAGGUCACUAUGCCUUCUGACGCGGCUAAGAAGCGUGCUGCCAAGAAGAAAGAGGCUCGAGAGCGAAAAGCUGUCGACGUCAAGCGUCCCGCCACUGGGACGUCGCAGUCAAGAAACGGAGACGCGACCAGCGCUUCUGUAGAGGCAAGCGCUGCCUCUCUGACUGCUCUGACGCUUGCCAGCGCGAGGACAUGUACUGGUGUGUUGACGUCUCAUCCCAUGUCGCGGGAUGUUCACAUCAGCAGCUUUUCUUUGAGCUACCAAGGUCUCGAGUUACUGACUGACACAAAACUGGAGUUGAACUGGGGACGACGGUAUGGACUCGUGGGCCUUAACGGAUGUGGUAAGUCAACACUGAUGUCCGCAUUGGGUAACAAAGACAUCACGAUACCCGAUCAUGUAGACAUUUUCCACUUGAUCAGUGAAGUUCCAGCCAGCGAUAAGACGGCCAUACAAUGUGUUAUCGAGGUGGAAUCCGAACGAGUCCGAUUAGAGAACGAAGCGGACGAGCUGGCAGCCUCAGAGAGCGAUGCCGAAUCCGAACGGCUACUCGGAAUUUACGAACGGUUGGAAGAGCUGGACGCAGCGAAGGCCGAAACGCGAGCCGCCGAAAUUCUCAACGGGUUGGGGUUUACCUUCGAAAUGCAACAGACAAAGGUCAAGCAUUUCUCAGGCGGCUGGCGUAUGCGUGUGGCGCUCGCUCGUUGCCUGUUCAUUGGACCAAGCAUGUUGCUGCUCGACGAGCCGACGAAUCAUCUCGACUUGGAGGCGUGCGUGUGGUUGGAGACAGAACUCAAGAAAUACAAACGCAUCCUGUUGCUCGUGUCGCACUCGCAGGACUUUCUUAAUAGCGUCUGCACCAACAUCAUCCACUUCCACUGCAAUAAAUUGAAGUCAUAUACGGGAAACUACGACACGUACAUGAGAACUCGACUCGAAUUGGAAGAGAAUCAGAUGAAGAGAUACAAGUGGGAGCAGGGACAGAUCUCACAUAUGAAAGACUACAUUGCUCGAUUUGGUCACGGCCACAAGAAACUGGCACGACAGGCACAGAGCAAGGAGAAGGUGCUGGCAAAGAUGGUCGACAGCGGUUUGACAGAGAAGGUUACAAGUGACAGGACUCUUGAAUUUUCGUUUCCUGAAUGCGGUACGAUCCCGCCGCCAGUUAUUAUGCUUCAAGACGUCAGUUUUCGUUACGGCAGCGGAAAACCACAUAUCUACAAGCAUCUUGACUUUGGACUCGAUCUUGACACACGACUAGCACUCGUCGGUCCAAACGGCGCCGGCAAAUCAACAUUAUUGAAACUUAUUGACGGAGAGUUGGCGCCCACAGAAGGUAUCGUCAGACGUAAUUCACAUCUUAGAAUUCGACGGUUUCACCAGCAUCUUCGCGAUCAUAUGGAUCUGGACAUGUCUGCGGUAGAGUGGCUGAUGAAGUGCUUUCCUGCUGUGAAGGAGGAGGAUCAGAUGAGAAGCGCAGUCGGUCGGUUUGGUCUGACGGGAAAGCAACAGAUUUGUCCGAUGAGCAAUCUGUCGGACGGUCAACGAUCGAGAGUCGUCUUCGCAUGGAUGGCGUGGGAACAGCCGCAUAUCAUACUUCUCGACGAACCAACGAACCACCUCGAUAUCGAAACGAUCGAUGCUCUAGCCGAGGCCAUCAACGAAUUCGAGGGCGGAAUGGUUCUCGUGAGUCACGACUUCCGACUGAUCAGUCAGGUGGCGAAGGACAUUUGGGUGUGUGAGAAGCAGACUGUGAAACGUUGGGAUCGUGACAUUCAGGCUUACAAGAAAAUGCUGAAAAAGAAACUUAGUGCUAAGAAAUAGAUCUCAAGUUUAUGUAUUUAUUAUUUGGUGUCGACUUUUUGUGCUCAAAAUGGAGGUUUUCUUUAGUAAAUUAACUGGUUGAAGCUCGGCUAUACGAUUGUACUGUAGAGUGUUUUUACCGGUCAGAUUGUAAUUAUGUGCUGAUGUUGAGAUUCGUAUCUAUUAUCUAUUAUAUCUGUUCUAUGUGAUUAAUAUUGACCCAUCAAGAGUUGUA